AUGGUCGAGUUCGCCUUCGACGGCGAGCUCGACGAGGUCCGGGCCCUCAUCGACAAGGGCUACUACGUCGACUCCGUCGACGGCCGCAAGCACACGCCGUUGAGCGACGCCUGCGCGCAGGGCCACGUCGCGACCGUCGAGUACCUCCUGGAGCUCGGCGCGGACCCGAACAGCAAGAGCGACCUCAGCCGCACGCCCAUGUGGCGCGCGGCCUACAACGGCGAGGCGGCCAUGGUCAAGCUGCUCCUCGAGGCCGGCGGCGACCCGACGAUCCCGACGACGGACUUCGAGCGGCCCUUCGACGUCGCCAAGGACGACGCGACGCGCGACGUCCUGAGCGCGCGCCGGCCGCGCGCGACGGCGAACACGGCGCGCGACGACCGCGGCGCGACGCUGCUCCACCUCGCGGCGCAGCACGGCCACCUCGAGCUCGCGGAGCUGCUCCUCACGCACGCGGCGACGCUCGACCCGCCCCACGGCUGGACGCCGCUGUCCGUCGCCGUCUUCCACGACCGGAAGCGGCUCGCCAAGCUGCUCCUCGACCACGGCGGCGACCCGAACCUCGCGAACCAGUUCGGCCACACGGCCUUCGACGUCGCCAAGGACCAGGUCGCGUCCGACGAGCGCACGGUGCUCAAGGACAAGUCCGAGGUCCGCGCGGUCCUCGAGGAGUGGGACCGCGACGCGCGGUCCAAGCUCUUCGGCACGUCCGGCGACGUCAAGGUCGCGGACGGCGCCGCGGCCGAGGAGCUCCCGGCCGAGGGCACGGGCGUCGCGCUCCAGGUCGAGAUGGCCGCCGACGACGCCGCCCGCGACGCCGCGCCGCCGAAGAAGAAGAAGGGCGCCGGCGCGAAGAAGGCCGCGGCCGCCGUCGGCCGCAUGUCCGCGAAGAAGGGCGGCAAGAAGAAGAAGUAA